GCCAUCUGGACAUCAUCGUUGAUCGGACGAGCCAGAGGCGCACGAGAGCAGCCGCGCGGGAGCUUCUUCCAGUAGGCGGCAGGCGGAGAUGGAGGACCAGGAGGGACAGUGCGGUAUGCCUGUGAUCCGCGAGUGUGUAUGGCGAUUCUUCCAGACUUUCAGUCGCGAAGUGUUCUUUUGGGUUCCCGUCAUUAGACAGAUCUGCGGUGGCGAUGAAGCCGUUUGCCAUGCGAAAGGGAAAAGUGGUUCCAUGGGGGCAAGUUUUCUUAAGGACAGUCUAGUUGGUUGGUUGUACUCCAGCCCAAAGCCGCCUACAACCAUAAUUCCCUUGAAGUGCGCUGUUCAGCACUACGGUUGGGGCAGGCUAGGGCUUGAGUCAGCUGUUGCUCGACUCCACUCCGCAGGGACAGGUAAGGCAGUGACACCGACUUGCCCUUACGCUGAGCUAUGGUGCGGUACACAUCCUAGUGGGCCUUCGAUGAUUUGUUUGGAUGAUGACAGCCAUAGCGGUGUUGAGUUUGGGUUGAAGGAGUGGCUGGAGGAUCAUCCCCAUGCUCUGGGCGAUAAAGUAUUGGACAGGUGGAAGACAGUGGAUCUGCCAUUCCUUUUCAAAGUCCUAUCUGUGUCGACGGCACUGUCGAUUCAGGCUCAUCCUGACAAGGAGCUUGCAGAGAAGUUGCAUGCGCAAUAUCCGAAGAUAUACAAGGAUGACAAUCACAAGCCAGAGAUGGCAAUUGCUGUGACACCAUUCGAAGCGCUCUGUGGGUUUGUGACAAUGUCUGAGCUUGCAAAGGUUUUAGAGACCGCAACAGACUUAACCGCCAUACUUGGGCAGGACGUGACCCGUGCUAUGCUGCAGAUGGGUCGAGCUGAAGCUGGGAAUGGACAUGCUAGCAGCAAGCCAAAAUCAGUGGACAAUGGGGCUGAAAAUGGGGUUGUGGAGCAAGGGUAUGUUCCAUCUGCUGAAAACGGGAAUAGGGAAGCCUGGCACGUUCAGACAGGUGGGAAUUUGCCUGUUGAUGAGGUGUACGGCAUGGCAGAAAACAUGGGCAGUCAUAAAGAAUUCACUGCCCAUGGUGUUAAGGAGGAUUGCAUGGCUCGGCAAGCUGAAAAUGGGAGCGGUGACCGCACAUUAUUUGGCGCUGGAGCAAUUGAGAAUAGGGGUGGAAAUCCACAGGGAACGGAAGGCCCUGUGGGUGGUGAUAAGACAUUCAGAGCUUCCCUUUUGUGCAAGGCGUUCAAGACGCUCAUGACAAGUGACAAAGAGGUAAUCUCAGGUGCUGUUGCAAGGCAUGUGGCUUCGCUAAAUAAGAAGAAACUGGAGGGUAUCAUCCUCUCGCCAAAGGAGGAUCUGAUUCUCCGCCUGAACCAGCAGUAUCCGGGUGAUGUUGGGGUUUUGGCUGCCUACUUCCUUAAUUAUAUCAGGCUCAAGCCUGGAGAAGGUGUUUACCUUGCGGCGAAUGAGCCACAUGCUUAUCUCUCAGGCGAUUGUGUGGAAUGCAUGGCCACAUCAGAUAAUGUUGUCCGUGCUGGACUCACACCGAAGUUCAGAGAUGUUGAUACACUGUGUUCCAUGCUGACAUACAAACAGGGAAUGCCAUGCGUACUCCGUGGGACUCAGAUUGACAAGAAGACACGGAGGUAUUCUCCACCACUCGAUGAAUUUGAAGUGGAUCGGAUCAGCAUUGAACCAGGGACAGGGUACACAGUCCCAGCUUUGCCUGGGCCUUCCAUCUUUCUGACCUUCUUAGGUAGGGGCUCUUUACUGUGUGUAAGUAGUGCUUGCGACACAGCGCAGCAUGGCAAGGGAGGAACUUCUGUGAUAUCUAAGGGCAGUGUUUUCUUUGUGCCGGCAAACACUGCAUUUCAUAUCACUGCUAUGGCUUUGGCAGUGGAUGGUUCGGCUGCGGAACCUCUGCAGUUGUUCAGAGCAGGUGUUAACAGUCGUGCUUUGUUUUGAUAUCUUGUAUAUAAAUAUACCAGUUCCUUUUUUGCUGUGCUGCUUCUUCCGAUGCAGUACCCCUUCCCCCUGCCUGCCCCACG